AUGCCUCAAUCCAAGCAUAUCCUGGUCAUUGGUGCUGGUGUGAUCGGCCUACAAACGGCAAUUGCUCUACUCGAAGCUGGGCACCAUGUCAGUGUUGUCGCCAAACACUUGCCCGGUGACAUGUCCGUUGAGUACACCUCGCCAUGGGCUGCCGCCAUAUGGCGUUCAAAUGCUCUGCCUGAGGAGACGCAGAUACAGCGAUGGGAUAGCCAAAGUUACCGCAUCUGGCUCCGUCUAUGCAGCGAAAGUGGCAAAAGGGAAGACAAUAUUGCACAAGCAGUCACGGAAUUCCCAAUGAGACUUUUAUGGACCGGACCACACAAGUUUAUCCCGAACGGACCAUCCAGCAUAUGGUAUGCACGACACGUGCGGAACUUCAAUACCAUUCCUCAGACGCAACUCCCUCGGCCCUUCACUUCAGGUGCUACACAUGAUGGUAUUGCCGUCAAUACCACACCAUACCUGAUCGCCCUGGCCGACAGAGUUCAGAGCCUGGGUGGCCAUAUCUGCCAGGCGGAGCUGUCGACUCCCGCUGGACUCGGCCAUGCCAUCACUGCCGCCGAGAAUGUAUUGCAGUCACAAGAUCCCUCUCCCACUACCAGACAGCCGGUCGAUCUGGUCGUCAACGCCAGCGGCCUGGGUGCUCGUACCUUGGUGCCCGAUCUCAAUGUAUACCCCAUCCGAGGGCAGACGGUGACUGUGCGGGGCGAGGCGAAGCACAUCACAACCAUGUUCUAUCCGGACGCCAACGCAUCCAUCACCCCUCGUGCCGGAGCCGGUGUCAGCCUCUUAGGCAGCUCGUACGAGGAAGACAACUGGGACCCGAAGCCUGACGAACAGACCAUCCGAAAGAUUAUGGAGAGGUGCAAGCCCUUAGCUCCCGAGCUGCUCAACGAGCAGGGCGAAUUUGAUGUCGUGAGCGUCAAUGUCGCUUUCAGGCCCGGUCGCAAGGGCGGUCCCAGAGUGGAGCUGGAGGAAGUCAUGAGCCAAGAUGCGCACGGUCGGAUGAGGCAAAUGCCGGUUUGUCAUGCCUACGGGCAUGCUGGCGGGGGGUAA